AUGUGAAGUGGAGGUAAAGUUUGCUUGAUUUUAAAAUAAUUUUUUGAGGAUAAUAUUUGGAAUUUUCCACGAACAUAGAGAGUCACCACCAUGGCUCCGCUCUCCCUAAAGAUCGUGCAGGACGGUGGCGCUAUUACAAGGACGGUGCUGUUUGACACCACGACGCGCGUUCGUGACGCGCUGGAGAUUGUCAAGGAAAAGCUUAUCAUCGAUGAUAAAAGCAAAGAUUACGGUCUGUUCCUGACAUCGGCUGACGAUGAACUGUCGGGGGUGUGGCUGGAGGGCCACCGCCCCCUGGACUACUACAUGUUGCGCGACGGGGACUCUCUGCUAUACCUCUGCAGAAACCGGAACCUGAGGAUUAGGAUGUUGGAUGGUUCAGUGAAGACGAUGCAGAUAGAUGAAUCCAAAUGUGUAGGUGACUUGAUGAUGGUGAUAUGUGAUAAGAUUGGUAUCACUAAUCAUGAUGAAUACGGUUUGUGUUUUGAGGAUGAACAGCAAACUCAAGAAGAGAAGCCAGCCACUGGCACUCUCACUCUGAAGAGGAAGCAGCAGACGAGAGAGAAAGAUGCUCAGAUGGAACAGCUUAGCAAGAAGCUUAAAACUGAUGACAACGUGGAGUGGCUGGCUCAACACAAGACGCUCCGUGAGAUCGGUGUUGACGCUCAGCAGACUUUGCUGUUGAAAAGGCGGCUGUUCUACUCCGACCGCAACGUGGAUGCCCGCGACCCCGUGCAACUCAACCUGCUGUACGUCCAGACGCGUGAUGCUAUUCUGGACGGUCGGCAAGUGCUCACUGAGGACAAAGCUAUCGAGUUUGCGGGGAUACAGUGUCAAGUGCAGUACGGUGACUUCCAGGAAGACAAACAUAAACCUGGUUUUCUUGAAAAUUUGAAAGAAUUUCUACCGGAGCAGUAUGCGGGCUCGUGGGGGGCGGAGCGCAAGGUACUGCGCGAACACGCCAAACACCACGGCCUCAGCCCGCUCGAGGCAAAGCACCUCUACACCAAGAACGCCAGGGAACUGCCCACGUAUGGUGUUACGUUCUUCUUGGUUAAGGAGCAACAAAAAGGCAAGAAGAAGUUGGUGCCCCGCCUGCUGGGUAUCAAUGCGGAGUCUAUCCUGCGCCUUGACGAGGUCACAAAAGAGAUUCUGCAAGUCUGGAAGCUGACGCAGGUUAAAACGUUUCGAGCUGGUAAAGAGAUGUUCACCUUGGAUUUUGGUGACUAUAGUGACAAACAGUACACUGUGAAGACAAACGAAGCGCACCGCAUCCGUGAUAUCCUACAGGGUUACAUCGACAUCGUCCAUCGCUCCUUGGCCUCUCCGUAUAACGUCACCCCCAGCGAGGGGGAGGUCAUCUGCGAAGACAAUGUGCAGUCUUCUAAAGGCCACAUAAUUCAAAAUGUAGUUCCGAUGAAAGUGGUUGAGCAGUGUUACGUAGGACCGAGCAAGCUUGUACCAUACGUACAAGGUACGGAAGCACAACAGGGCACUCAAGUAAUGACUGUGCAACAAAUUAUUUCAACUAAUAAGGGUACUACACAUCAGAGGGGUGUUGUAAGUGAAAAAAAAACUGGACAUACUGGUGUACUCAGAAAUAAUUCUAUGGAAUAUCUGAAAAAACUAAACCGUAUAAAUACUUGUUGUGUAGAGACGGUAGCAUUUUUAACUGAUCCACAUUUCAAGCAGGCGGAUAAAGUGAAAAAAGUGCAGGCACUAUCAACAAUUAUUGAAGAAGACAUGAACAGCAUCAUUGAAGGUGUUCACAAGAGUGUUGAGAAAGACAAUGAUGAAGUGAGAAGAAAGAUUCUUUCGGAACUGGACGAGAUCUGUGCAAGUUUCAAAUACUUUAUUGAUACAUCCCACCAGAAAGACUUUGGAACACCGGAGAGUUUGGACGCGGCACAACUGGCUGCGGAGAAGAUCGUGGGCCAUGGCACUCAGAUGUAUUGCGCCCUAGAUCCUGGCAUCAAACGACGCAGCAAAAUUUUGAGACGGUCUCACAAGAGUUUCAUAGAAGACGAGAAGACGGAGGCCACGUUGCGCCGAGCUUCUUUCCUGGUCGCUGCCUCACACGCCUGCAAAGCUGUAGAUGGUGCUAAAAACGCGUUGGAUACGACGUUCGAGGGUCCGAUUCCUGAAGGUCACGAGGUGGCUGAGCUGGAGCGAGAGGCGAGGAAGAAGGUCGGCAAACUGAGUGCAGCUGUAGCGCUCUUGAUGUCCGCACAAGCUGAUUCUGAUAACCUGGACUACACAGCGGCCAUUACUUCUAUGACCACAAUUGAUGAGUUAAUGCCGGAAUUGAUUCAAGAUGUGAAGGCGUUAGGUAGCGUGAAGGAGGACAAGUCCCGUCUCUCCUUGCUGAGUAGAGUCCGCGCGCUCUGCGACGCCACAAGGAACAUCUGCGCGUUGAAUGGAGAUGACGACAAGGAGAAGAUGCAAGAAUUGGCCCUAAAGUAUGCUAAAGCUUCUGACAAGUUGGUCUUCACCUUAGGCCGAGGCUCCAUACCUGAUAAGGAAAACGAGAUUCUGGAUCUGACCCGUGACGUGGGGGACAAGACUGCGCUGCUGCUGCUGAAGACGCACGAGCUGGUGAGACUGGCGGGCGAGGACCAGCGCGCCGCCGAGCUGGACGCGUGCGGAGCGCGUUGCAACGACCUCUCCAAUAUACUGCUAGCCUGUGCACAGCUGACAGCGCCAUCUAUAACGGAACCGCACUGCCAGAGUGCGAUGUCAGCGGGGGCGGAGGCGCUUUCCUCGGCUGCGAACCGCCUCGCCCUCGCCUGGAAGCCACUGGUCGAGAAGCCGGGCUGCGCCAUCUAUGAUGAGACUCUGCAGGCUCACACCUUAGAUCUGAUGAAGGCCUUGGAUAGAUUGAAGCAAGCUUAUACUGAUUUAUCAGAAGAAGGUAGCAAAGAUGACGACUCUGAAAUCAAGCAGAGGGAACGUCUCAAGUUCAUUGCCAGUGUCCAGGAUGCUAUGAAUAAAAUAUCCGAUACACAAAAGGAUUUGGACAAGCCUUGUCCAGUGAGCUCUGCUAACAAUGACAAGGAGUUACAACGUCUGAUGGGACAUCGACUGUCCUUGUUGAAUUCUUACAUCGCCAGUCUUAUACGAGCUACCGCUGACAGGGAGAAUCCAGAUUAUGCAACAGCAGAAGAGGCAAUCCAUCUAGUCUCUGAUAUAAUACCUGAUCUUGUUCGAGAUAUGAAAGUAAUAAGUAGCACAAAAGACGAGAAGACAGGACGAGCGCAGGUGAGCGAGACUCGAGCACUUCUUGAAGCCAUCAAAGACGUUUGUGCUACUACUGAAGAUAAUACGAUGCAGGAGACAAACGGCGCGGCAUCGAACUUCGCCCGACACUCCUCCAAGUUGUGCUACGCCUUUGUACCUCGUACUGAUCCUAGAAAAGAGAACAUGAUGAUCGAGCUAGCAAAGAAGACUUGCGAGCAAGCCUCCGAGCUGCUGACCCACGUCAACCAGGUGGUAGAUGAUGUGGGCGGAGAGGAGGGACAGCGGCUGGACGCGCAGGGAGCGAGGCUGGUAGACGUCGUGCAGGCCUUGCUCACCACCGCACAGAUAACAGCGCCAUCUUUCGGCGACGGUCGCUGCCAAUCGACAAUGCUGGGCGUGGCCGACGACGUGUCGUCUGCGAGCCAGCGCCUUGCGGAGACGUGGGCCUCUCUGGUCCGUGGGCCCACGCGACAGGAACUGCGCCAAAAUCUACACAAAGCACAAGCAGAUCUAGAAACCGCUCUUAAUAAUUUAAGAGCCGUUUGCCAGAAAUUUGGUGAAGAAAAACAUAAGUCACAACUUCCACAAUCAGAAGAGAAGGAAAGAGAACGACUAAAGUUUAUCACGACGAUGGCUUCCGCGAAGAAUAAAAUGUUAGACGCAGAAAAAAUGUUACAAAAGCCAGCGUCAAAAGAAAUAUUUCCUGAAGAUAGGACAGCUCUGCAGAGCAAGCUGGCAGACCGACUUGCACAACUCAAUGCUGCAGUUGCAUCUCUAGUACGAGCUUCUCGUGAUUCCAAUAAUGUGGAUUAUAAUGCAGCAGAACAAUGUAUUGCCAAAAUAUAUCAAUUGUUACCUGAUGUUAUAAAUGAGACACAAUUAUUAAGCAGUGCAAAUGAGGAAACGUCUCAACGCGCCAUGUUGCGGGAAUUGCAGAAGCUGUUUACUGCAACACGAGACAUCUGCAAGUUCAUUGAACAUGGAGACAUCCAGUCUAUUAAUGAAACUGCUCUUAAUUUUGCCGACGCUUCUGGAAAGUUAGCCUACGUUUUCAAUCCACAAUCACCUUCAAGGAAGAAUAACAUAAUGGAUUUGGUUACCGAUGCUUGUGAUAAAACUUCAAAGUUACUCACCGAUGUGAACCACUUGGGGAUGAAAGUGGGGGGUGAAGAUGGAACUCAUCUCGAUGAUUGCGGUGUGAAACUGGUCAAUACUUCCAAAGCCAUGCUGACAACUGCACAGAUAUUAGAGUCUUCAUUGAGCGAUCCCAUUUGCAAAGACUCCUUAUUGUCUGCAAUAGACGACGUGUCUUCAGUGUCCAAAGAUCUAGUGGCAGCAUGGUCUUCCCUCAAGCGUCAACCACAACACAAGGAAGCUGUGGAAAAUCUUGAAAAGGAAUACGAACAGUUAAAUACAGCUUUGGAUUAUUUAAGAUCGAUGUGUAAGGCUGUUAAAGAGGAAGAUGUUGGAGGUGUGCCCCCAGAAGAAACACUUAUACGCAGAAGGAGGGAUGCAGGAGUCACAAGAACUGCACCAAAUGCAGAUUUAGUUAAAAUGAACCGUUUAUCAAAGGAAAUGUACACUACCGCAUGCGACAUGAGCGACGACGUGAACAUCCUGGCUGCAGGACUGCAGGGUGAGGAAGGGGAUCGUCUGGUGCGCUGUGGGGAGGAGCUGAUGGAUGCAGUACAACAUAUGUACUCCACUUUAGCUGAAGAAGUACAGGCACCUAAAGUUUCUGGAAACACGAAUAGCGCUAUGGUGGCCAUUGCGAACGUCAGUACCGCGUCGUGUGCGCUGGCCGACGCCUAUAAUCCAUUGAAACGAGACCCCGAGUACAAAGACGUAGUCGAACAACUAGAGCUCAAGAAAAACAAGCUGGAAUCUGCCUUGGAAGAUUUGCGACAAACAUUGUACAAUUUCAAUGUGACGGGUGGUCAUGCGACGUCACAAGAAUCUGACGACGAGACCCAGCAAUGGUUGAUGUCCACGACGAAUGCUUCUAGGACAUCGGAUGUAGUUCUAAUGGCUGAUUAUGAAACUAUUGAUGGUCUUGGUAUAACGCGAGCAGAAGAGCAGAGACUCAAGUUCAUAUUGACGUUAUCAGAAGCAAAGAAUGGUAUACUUGAAGCUAAAAAUGAAUUGAAUAAGCCAUCAGCACUAGUUCCAGCGACAUUUGCUUCAAAUCCUGACACACAGCGAUGGCUGGCACAGCAGCUGGCACACCUGAACGCAGCGAUCGCCUCACUGAUACAUUCCACUGAUCCUACAAAUCCCGAUUACCAUGAAGCGAAUGAAGCGGUGAAGAUUAUAAAUGAAUACUUACCACAGAUUAUACAAGAUACAAAAUCCAUACCACUAGAUGGCGCUGACAGGAAAAAUAUGAUGGACUCAUUGAAGGCUCUGUGUGAAGCAACCGGAGAGAUAUAUCUAGAAUCAGAGCUGGGACAAGCUAAAAAUGCAUACGACCCAAUAACCAAGCUAGUGGACGCUUCAAGUAAACUUUGCUAUGUUUACAAUCCACGAGCGGACCUUAAGAGAGAAAACCUGAUAGUGGAGCUGUCAAAGUCAGUGUGCGAGAAGGCGACAGAGCUGCUGUCUCAGGUGUACGAGGUGGUGGCGGACGCGGGCGGGGAGGGGGGCGAGCUGCUGGACCGCCGGGGGGUGAGGCUGGUGGACGCCGCGCAGCUGCUGCUCACUGUUGCACAGCUUACAGCUUCGACUAUAGACGAUCCAAAUUGUCAGUCAACACUGCUGAGAUCAGCUGACGAGGUGUCAACACUGGCUGGUGAGGUGGAAGACACGUGGACUGCGCUGCUGCAAGAUCCUCAACAACAGAACAUAAAGAACCAACUGACACUCAAGAAGAAGGAACUACAGAAUGCAAUUGAUGAGUUGACAGCAGCUUGUAGAGAUGCAACCGAUGCAACUCUUAAGCCGGUAAAGCCAACAGUACCGAAAAAAACAACUACAAUGAACCAAACGGUAUAUGAAGACAAGCAGCAACUUGUCAAGUCGGUUGAUGUAGCGACAAAGAACAUUGAAGAUGCUGAAGAGAAAAUCAGAAAGAUACGUGGCAUAGAGAGUGUGGAGAUGCUGUCAGAGGAUGCGGGCGAGGCGGCUGCGGAGCGUCUCGAGAAGAAGCUGGUGCUGGCCAACGUGGCCGCCUCACAUCUCGUCUUAUGCAACGAUCCAGAGAAAAUUAAUUAUAAAGUGGCGUCUAAAUCAGCAGACAACUUUUCUGAACUAUUCCCGACGAUUGUUAAAGAUAUAAAAGAUUUAUACAACUGCUCACAUCUCCAAGGCAAACCAAUCGUUGACGACAUUCUAGAUCUGUGCGAGGCUACUAAAACUUUGUGUAGAACUGCUAAUGAUAAUAAUGAAAAAUUAAAUGAAACCGCAGUCGACUUCGCGAACAAAUCUGCAAAAGUACUAUACGGUAUCGGCUCGCAAGUGGACCUCGAACAAGAAAGACAGGUGCUCGGUCGAGCGAAGGUGAUAGGCGACUGCGCGUCCCGGCUGGCGACGUGCGGCGCCGCGGCCGCUCAGCUCGCCAGCCCGCACGCUCACAGCCUCGCAGACGUCGGCACUAACUGCGCCAACGCCGCCAGCAAACUGCUCUAUGUCACUAAACUCGUAGCACCGUUGAUCCAACAUCCAGAAAGCCAGAACAUCCUGUUGACGGCCGCAGAUCAACUCUCUUCGAAAGUUGAACAAUAUUCUUCUAUUUGGAAACCUCUGUCUUCGCAACCGGAACAGCUACUCUCAGUAAAAGACUUGGAAGUUGAAUUCAAGAGUCUGGAGAAACUUUUGGAUGGUCUAAAACAUGAUAUUAAGAAUGAAACGUUGGUUAGAAGGAGGAAAGAAACUAUGAUAAAGGUGGAGAAUUCGCCGAUGCGACAGCUGGCUUCCGAAAUGUUGAAUAACUACAAGUCAUACAUGGAGUGUUCCGACCUGCCAAUGGAGGAGCGCAGACGAUACGCGCAAGACGCAGACAAACUGUCCGCUGCUAUCAAAGAACUGGACACCGCUAAUUCAUAUUCCAAACAAUCUCCUGAAGAUAUAAAUAAGCUUCGUAGACUGGAGAACGCUACUCAAGACUUACAGAGGAUGAUACUGCAGAGCAGACGUGGCGGAGGAGAUGGACAGAGCAACUUCGUUGAUGUUAUGGACUUUGUAAAAGAUGUGGCGGAUAACAUAGAAGCUUUAUCUAAAACUGCUCAAGAUACGAAUCGUGAAGACGGUAGAAAAGAACUUCAGAUGAUCAUAGAAGAAUGUAACAAAAUGUCAGCAAUAGCAAAAGAAACGAUGAGUCCAUCAGAGGUCCUCGAACAUGAAGGUCUUACGGAUGACAUGCUGCGUAUCGAAGGUUUUGCUUUGAAUUGCGAGAAAGCCACGCAUACAAUGACUUCUGCUGCUAGAAAUAUUGUUGAUAUUAAAUCAAGGAGAGCUCUGCAAAUUAAGAUGCAAGAGCUUACUGAUAGCAUUAAUACGUUACGGUUUGCAGUAAAAGGUGCAUUGGCGACAGCUGACAGCGCUGCUCUUGACGAAAGCCUCCACGACCUUAUGGAGCUGGAAAAUAAGAUAGACAGCAUGCUGAAGCCGAAUUCUAGCUUAAAUAUUCCUUGUUACGACAAGGCGGACAGCGCAGCCCUAACCGCGCUGUGCUGUGUCGCGGCGUCUCCGCACAGCUCCGCGGAGCAGCUGACGCCCGCGCUCGCUGCAUACAUCACGGACCUGCGCAUGCGCACAGACAUCAACGACCCUAAGGAGAAAUGCAGGUUAGAAGAACAUUUGAGAAAACUACUUCUAUUGUUCCGAACUCUGAUGAUAGCAACGAGCCGACGUCUUGCCACUUGGCAGGAACACGACACUGCAGAAGACUUGAUCGUAACUGACCAAAUUAUACAGGAGCUCGAAGAUUUUGAUUGCAGCGGCAAGUACAAUGGGAAACAAAACAAAGUUGUUGAUGAUGUAGAUGUGAGACGACUACUGCUGCCAUCUAGUGACGUUCAUUUGGAUGGAGAUAAAAAUGAUCUUAAGAAGAAGUUCCAUCAGACUGCAUUAAAAUUGGACUCUAUGAUCGGUACAAUAACGUCUAGUAUUCAGAAACCACAGAAUUUGUCUCGGAGUCUCCACACGGUUACAGAUGUCGCCUUAGAGUUGGAUACCUUGGCGCACGCCCUUAGGAAUGAUGAGAACCGUAUCCAGAGUCAUAGGAUUGAGGAGUCUGCGAAAGAUAUGCGAUUUGCAACUUUCAAAUUAUUAAAAGUCGCUGAGCAAGUCAGUAAGGAAGCAGACUCUAUGAAUACAAGAAGACGUCUCUUAGAUGCUAUUCGGUCUUUGAAUGAAUCAAUAAAUAAAUUGAGUCGUGUCACGGACCCUGAUGAAGUGAGCAAGGAGUUGUUAAGCAGAUUGAAGCUGCAGACCAGCUUCCUGCAGAGCGCGCGGCCGAGCUGUGCGCGAGGUUACGCUGACUGUCUGCAAGCUGUGCUGGACCACACUGAUGUCAUAUAUAAAUUGAAAAAUGACGAAGUAAUGACUCGAGAAGAGGGUUAUUCAACACUACAAUAUAUUACAUCUUCUGUAUACAAUAUAUCGGAACAUGCGGCACAAUGCGCUUAUCUUAUAUCAAUAUCAGACAAGUACAAGGAGUGUGCCAGAGAUGGACUUCCUAAUGUGAUAAAGAUUCAAGAACUUACCGAGUCGAUGCAGGAUAACUGUGUCAGAAUAAUGUGCUCUGGGAAUAUAAAUCAGGUUAAGCAUUUACAGUCGGAAUUAAUUGAAAAUGGGCGACAACUUCAAGCUGUCAUUAUCGAGUCUAAGAACAAGGUUAUCGACACAAGUGAUAAGAAUGACCUGAUAAAUGCCGCUUCUGAAAUAAACACAUCAAUUAAGGAAUUUGAUGAUACUUUACACAGCUCUAAUUCUAAUGCGACACAAAUCAGUUCAUCAACACUGAAGAUCUUAGACGCUAUAGCUGUUCUGAAUGCUGUCAUCAAGAGGCCAACUAUCCUACCAAAAGCUACCAACCUAUCAGAAGACACAGCAUUAGCAUAUAAUGAUGUGGUUAAGAAUUCUAGUGAGUUGUUGACCAAGACUGUCUCCCUGGUAAAUAACAUCAAUAGUAAAGAUGGCGUGACUUCCUGGAAGACGUACGGUAGCAGUCGUACAGCGCUGCUGCGGGCUUUUGAUGUACUAGUCAAUAGUAUUAGAGAGAAUGGUCGUCGUACACGGCUGCUGGAAUUAAACCAAGCACAGGAAGAAGAGGAAACAGAGGUUCAAAAGAAGAGCCAUUUAGAAACUCAAAUGGAUUCGGCAAAAAAAUGGCUGCAGACAACAAACACGAGCGAAGACAUCAGAUCACAUGGAAUACAAGGUGUUAUAAAUAUAGUCAACAUUGCUAAACAGAUGGUAGAAGAUUUGAACGACGUUGAUAAAGAAGAUAUGAGUCAAACCAUAGACGAAGUGGAGAAAUUGUCAAUGGAAUGUUCAUUUAAAUACAACAAAGAAAAAUCAAGUCUCCUGUGGGAGCGUUUGACGGAAUUGAAGAAGAUGUUAGACCGUUUCGUUGUGACUCGUGUCGUGGAAGAUUUCUUAGAAGACGGCACCGCAUUGGAUGACCUUGAACUUCUAGUUGACGUUGAAAAAGAUGAGGCGAAGAGAAAGUAUCUUCUGGAGCUGAAGAUAGCCGAGUUACUGGCGCAGAUGAGCCGUGUGACGAGGACUGCGCGGUUGGCGGCGGAUGCUGGGCCUCCCCAUGUAGCCAAUGACCUUACUCAGUGUAGUCAACAGGUGGAACUUUUGGCGCCGUCAUUAGUGAAAGCUACACAAGAAAGAAUUAGUUCACCACAACAACAGGUCAUUAUUGAUAAGUACAAAGCUCUGAUGGCUGAGUAUGCAGAGUCAAUGUCGAAGGUUCGAAUACUAUGUGACCGUUCUGUUGAUCCUGUUGAUUUUGUGCAAGCCGCGGGUGAGACAAUGCAGCGCAUGCGCGAGCAGUCAGGCUCGCAGGACGACCCUCUCAAGUCUGCUCACACCUCAAACCUCAUCACCAAGUUGGGUUGGCGCGUGUUAGAGGCGGGGCUGAACUCUGGUCACGCGGCGCAUGACGCGGAGUUGCGGCGCGCGCUGGCGCAGGCGCAGCGCCGGCUGCAGGCCACAGCUCCUGGUGCCGGCGCGCGCGCCAGCCAGCAGCGCGACUGGCGUGACGUAACUGCUGAGAUAUUAAGAACUAUGAGCCAGGUGGAGUCUGCUCUGAGCGGCGAAAGUAUAUUCCAAAAACAACUGGAUCCAAAUCAACCUAUCUUCGCGGCUGCACUAGACCUGCACGCGGCGGUGCGCGAGUGGUCGGCGCGAGACAAUGAGAUAGUGGCCGUAGCCAAGCGCAUGGCCGUGCUCAUGGCCAGGCUCUCUGACUACAUGAACCAAGAUAUGAAGCCAGAGGUGAUCGCGACAUCUAAAGCUAUAGUGAAAGCUUCCAUCGAAGUGACGAAGUUGGCCAGGAAACUGGCGCUCGAGUGCUCAGAUCUUAGGAUUCGAAAUAAUUUGCUACAAGUGUGUGACAGAAUCCCCACCAUUAGCGGCCAGCUCAAGAUGUUGACGACUGUCAAAGGCUCCUCUCUCGGACAAGACAAUCAAGAAGACAAGGAAGCGAUCAACAUGCUGGUUGGCAACGCGCAGAACUUGAUGUUAAGUGUACAAGAAGUGGUGUCUGCGGCGGCGAGCGCCUCUGUCAAAAUAAUGUCGCAGCGAGGACCGCGCAUACGCUGGGUCCGCAAGAAUUACUACGAUUAUUAAUUCCAAA